GGGUUUGCACUUUGGACACAAUGAAUCUUUUGACCUUCCUUCUUUUGGAGGGAACAGUUGUGCUAAACUGCUAGUUAUCCCCAAGACCCCAACCCAUUUUCUUGGAGCCUCCUCCUGUGUUUUUCUUAUUAUACCUACUGCCUUGUAUUGCUAAUUGCAGCUGCCACUAGCCUAGCUAGCUACAAGGACUUGUGGAGGGAAGAGUCAUGGAGUGGGACUACAAGGACUUUGCCUGGGAUUCAACUGAUGACGAUCAGUUGGAUCAGCCGCUAGAGGAAAAUGACCUUGCUGCUUUGGUUGGUUCAAGCAGUAUAAUCAGAGGAGGUGAAUCAUCAUCAUCAUUCAACUUAGUGGAUUUGAAGCUUGGCAGUACUACAAGUGCUGAAGUAGUGGCUCCAAUUGCAACAAAGCCCUCGGUUUUAGUAUCAUCAUCAUCUUUGUCCAGGACCAGAAGGGUUGAUCAUCAUCAGAAACUCAAAGUAUCUUCAUCGUCUACGGCGACAUGCUUGGUUGAUGGUUGCAAGGCAGACCUGAGUCGUUGCAGGGAGUAUCAUCGCCGCCACAGAGUCUGCGAGCUCCACUCCAAGACCCCAAUUGUGGUCAUCAGAGGUCAACAAAAGCGAUUCUGCCAGCAGUGCAGCAGAUUCCAUUCUCUGGUGGAGUUUGAUGAGGUGAAGAGAAGCUGCAGAAAACGUCUCAAUGGACACAACCAGCGCAGAAGGAAACCCAAACCAGAAUCCUUCUACUUUACUUCCAAGAACUUCCUCUCCAAUUUCAAAGGCCCCAGAAUAUUGCACUUUGGAAAUCCACAGCUAUGUGCAACCACCAAUGUCAGAAGUCUGUGGCCUUUUGAGGCCAAAAAUACUGCAGAUCAUCAACCGAUGCUUUAUAAUCGUCACCAGCGGUUGCAAGCAGUUGAUCACCUAAGAACACCUCCCAAUUCCUUCACUAACAAUGAGGGAGCUGAUAAACAGUUUAUUUUCUUGCAAACCAAUGACUCUAAACGUUCAGCUUUCAACCAAGCAGCAAUCCCUCAAGCUUUUAUGCAAGAGCCGUUUCCAACAUUAACUGCUGCUGCAGCCUUACCACCAAGCACAAGGGCUGCUGCAGGUUCUGCAAUUUCUUUUGAUGGUACAACUCGCAGCAUUGAUCCGAGUUGUGCUCUCUAUCUUCUGUCAUCUCCAAAUCCAACACAUAGUUUGGUGAACACCAGUCUAAGCCACAUGGUUCAGCCCAAUGUAGUCACCAGUACAGAUUCAGGUCAUCAGCAACUCCAAAUGAAGAGUUUCUUUGAACUCCCAUCAUAUUCCUUGAAUAAUCAUGUGGAGGACAAGUACUGUCUAUCCUGAUGGCUUGCUGGCAACUGGGGCUCAAUAUUUCAAUAUGAAUCAUCCUUUUAUAUAUUGAAUAAGUAUCUGCUGGGAGAUAGUAAACUACAUAUUAUUCAGAACUCCCCAAGCUUUCAGUAGUUUUGCCAAGUUUGUCAUUCUUUCCUCCCAGCCUGAUACAAGGUUGUUAUUCUGACUUCUGUACACUCUUCAUGUUUGUAUUUGUGUUUUGACGAAUAAAGUACCUAACUGAUCAACCUUUUUUUGU